AUGGGCUCUGAGGCACCCUCUGAUCCUCUAUGGACCACUCAAUCCGUGCUAUCCACUCUCCCUCACCCUCCCGAAGAGAAUUCUGCGUCUCCUAUCCCGUUCUUCCACCUCCUGGAACGACUCAAGACCACCAAACGCGAAGGCUGGCGCCGCUUCGGCAUCAACACCGGUGAAUCGAUCUCCGAUCACAUGUACCGCAUGUCGAUCAUGACCAUGCUCGCUCCCCCAUCUCUCGCCGCGCGUCUCAACCUGCCCCACUGCACGAAGAUGGCGCUCGUCCACGACAUGGCUGAGUCGCUGGUGGGUGAUAUUACCCCCGUCGACAAGGUAGAUAAGAAGGAGAAAGCGCGUCGCGAGGCCGAAGUGAUGGACUAUAUCGCGAAGAAUCUGCUCGGUGGUGUUCCUGGUGGCAUGUUGUCGGCCCAGGAGAUUCUGAAGGUCUUCCACGAAUACGAAGCCAAUGAAACUCUCGAGGCGCAGUUUGUUCACGACGUCGACAAGAUGGAGCUGCUGUUACAGAUGGUGGAGUAUGAGCGGGCUCAUGGAAUUGACCUCACCGAGUUCUGUCAUGUCGCGGGUCGCAUCCAGCUGGAUGAGGUGAAGGAAUGGGCGGCGGCAGUGCUCAAGGAGCGGGAAGCCUUUUGGAAGGAGAAGACUGCGAAUACAAAUGGCAAGGCAUGA